AUGGUUCUUUUAGUUGAUUACCUCCUUGGCUCCUUUGAUAUUUGUGAUGAGAGAAUGCAGUGGCUCUCUAUCUCUGAAAAUGUUAGUGAGGACACUUAUGCUAAAGUAUCCAUUGAUGAUUAUGAGAGAGAUGAGCGGUUGGACUUGGAGGAUAAUGAACCUGAGUAUGAACCCGAAGAAUAUGGAAGUGUAGAUUAUGAUGAUAAGGAAAUUGAGCAAGAUCCUCAAGAAAACGAAGGUGAACCGGAGGAAGAUCCUGAAGAAGUGGAUAUUGGUGAUGAUGAGGGUGACUUGGUUGAGGAGGAAGCGGAAGGUGUUCCUGAAGAACUUGAACCUGAGGAAGAAGUUGAGCAUGAAGGGGAGGGUCAUGCUGAGAUGUAUGAUGCUGCUGAGCAAGAUGAACAUCAUGAAGUUGUCAAGGAGAGACGAAAGCGGAAGGAGUUCGAAAUUUUUGUUGGGGGAUUGGACAAGGAUGCUACUGAGAGUGAUCUCAGGAAAGUUUUCGGUGAAGUUGGUGAGGUUACUGAAGUUAGACUUAUGAUGAAUACUCAGACAAAGAAGAACAAGGGUUUUGCUUUUUUACGUUUUGCAACUGUGGAGCAAGCAAAACGAGCUUGUGCUCAGCUGAGAAACCCAGUGGUCAAUGGCAAGCAGUGUGGUGUUACUCCUAGCCAGGACAGUGAUACUCUUUUUGUGGGUAACAUAUGCAAGACAUGGACAAAAGAGGCUUUGAAAGAAAAACUAAAGCAUUAUGGUGUUGAGGAUCUUGAGGAUUUGACAUUGGUUGAAGACAGUAACACCGCGGGGUUAAACAGAGGCUUUGCCUUUCUGGAGUUUUCGUCCCGAUCUGAUGCCAUGGAUGCUUUUAAGCGUCUACAGAAGAGGGAUGUAGUAUUUGGAGUAGAUAGGCCUGCAAAAGUUUCUUUUGCCGACUCCUUCAUUGACCCUGGUGAUGAAAUAAUGGCUAAGGUUCAGACUGUGUUUGUGGAUGGUAUAUCUGCAUCUUGGGAUGAGGAGCAUGUGAAGAAUCUUCUUAAGAAGUAUGGGGAUAUUAAAAAAAUUGAGCUUGCCCGUAAUAUGCCAUCAGCCAGGAGAAAGGAUUUUGGAUUUGUUACAUUUGACACCCAUGAUGCAGCUGUUAUUUGCGCGAAAAGUAUCAACAAUGAGGAGCUGGGAGGAGGAGAUGAUAAGGUUAAAGUUAGGGCCAGAUUGUCAAGACCCCUUCAGAGAGGCAAGGGAAAAAGCGUUGCUCGAGGUGACUCGCGGCCUGUGCGUGGGUCAGUUAGAGGUGCUAGGAGUCCAUGGGGUGGCCCUGUUAACCGUAGUGCCUCCUUCCGCGGGUCUAGAGGAUCUGGAUCGCGUGUUCCUCCUGUAGCUGAUCGCGGGUAUAGAAGACCUGCUGGGAUUCUGGAUAGAAGACCAGUCGUUGCUCCUCCUCCUCCUCGAAGUAGGCCAGCUGCUCCCUUACCAAGGUCGUAUGACAGGAGGCCGCCUCCUGUUACAUCAUACUCCAAGAGCGGUUUGAAGAGGGAUUAUGGUCACCGAGAGGAGCUUCAUCCUAGAAGCAGAGCUGCAGUAGACUAUAGCUACCGAGAAGUUUCAGAUAGACGUCUGCAAUAUAAAGACGUCUAUUCUCCUCGCGCACCUGUUUACCCUGAUUAUCCUAGAGUUGAUGUACCAAGGUCUGCAGCAAGAAGACCUUAUGUUGACGAUGGCUACAGUCAAAGGUAUGAAAGGCCUCCUCCAAGUUACAGGGAUGCACGUGGUCGUGAAUACGAUUCUAUGCCUGGUUCUAAACGCCCAUAUGCUGCCUUGGAUGAUGGUCCCCCACGCUAUUCAGAGGCUGGGAUGCGUCACUCUCGUGCACGUCUAGAUUAUGAUCUUGGUAGUGGAGCUUCUUACUAUGGUGAUGCUUUCAGUGAUAGGUUAGGGAGGUCAAACAUUGGUUAUGGUGGAAGCCGAGGCUCUUUGCCCAGUCAAGAUUCCCAUGGGUUUUACGGUGGUCGUCAAGGAAUGGGUUACAAUGGAGGUCCUUAUGGUGGUAGUGAUGUUGGUGGGAUGUACUCAUCAAGCUCUGGUGGUGGUUAUAUGUCACGUGGGACCCACCAGCCACGCUGCCACGCCCCUGGUCUCGCGCACGUUAGCCGCCGCCCCCUCUUCCUCCUCUCUCCACCGCCUCCUUUUAACAACCCUAAUGCCGCUCCCCUCAUUCACGCCACAAUCCUCCGCCGCCCCCUCCCCACUUUUUCUCUCAUCCUCCAUUUAUUCACCAGAUCGUCGAUUACAGAACCACCCAUGGCCGCCGCGACCCUGUCCCCGUCCUCAUCCUCCCCUCGCGACGAAGACCGCCACAUCCCCACCGCCCUAGCCCUCCCCGCCGCGACCGCCGUCGUCGCCACCGCCGCCCGACGCCUCCCUCCUCCGUGCUGGUCGCCCGAAGAGACGACGGCCCUCAUCGACGCCUACAGGGACAAGUGGUACUCCCUCCGGCGCAGCAACCUCCGCGCCAACCACUGGGAGGAGGUCGCCGCCGACGUCGCGCUGCGCUGCCCCGGCACGCCCCCGAAGACCGCUGUCCAGUGCCGACACAAGAUGGAGAAGCUCCGCAAGCGGUACCGCGCCGAGAACCAGCGGGCCGCCGCGCGCGGCGGCGUCCGCCGGUAUGUCUCGUCGUGGGCCCACUUCCAGGGGAUGGACGCCAUGGAGAAGGGAUUCGGCGGCGAUCCGUCCUCCUCGUCCUCAGAUGGCGAUGAAGACGAGGAUGAUGACGGCCGCAGAAACAGCAUCAAACGCAUCAACGAUUUGUACAAUCACGGCCACAAACAAAAGGGCUAUCCACAGCCGCUGGAUCAUGGGGCAGCAGCCGGGACAAGUGCUUACCCAAGAGAGCAUCCACAGCUCCAACAACUCAGGAAUGCCUCUGUUGAGAAAUACCAACAAAUGAGCGCGAUGAAUGUCCCAGUUGACGAAGGCCAAUUUCUUUCUCUGCUUUUGAAAAUAAUGAACGCAAAGAAAACUAUCGAAAUUGGAGUUUUCACGGGAUACUCGCUUUUGGCCACUGCUCUUGCUCUCCCUAACGACGGCAAGGUGAUUGCGAUCGAUACCAACAAAGAUGCAUACAAAACCGGUUUACCAUUUAUUGAGAAGGCCGGCGUCGCGCAUAAAGUCGAGUUCUUGGCUUCUGUGAAAUUACUUGAUAAUCGUAAGAGCAAAACGAGAGAAUUUCUGUAA